AGCAGUGCAAUAACGAUGAACGCGAUUUAGUUAUGUAUUUUUUCAUAGCAGAUACUUUUUUUUUUAGCUUGCAUCGGUUUGCGUAAACUUGACGGAUACCAUGGAAAUCGCGACAAGCAGACCUAACUUCUUUGGAGAAAUAGACUGCUGGGCGGAGAGGACCCCGCUGCACGAGGCCGCCUCCCUGGGCCAGGCCCUCAGGCUGCAGCAGCUCAUCCGCAGCGGAGCGUCCGUCAACAUCGUGGCUGUGGACUCCAUCACCCCCUUACAUGAGGCCUGCAUACAAGGACAGACCCAGUGCGUCAGGCUGCUGCUGGAGGCUGGGGCACAGGUGGAUAGACGCACCGUCCACGGCAGCACUGCACUGUGUAACGCCUGCGCUGCAGGAAGCCCAGAGUGCAUCAGGCUCCUGCUGGAGUACGGAGCCGCUGCCAACCCCACUCUGACUGCGCUAACCGCUACUCCCCUCCAUGAGGCCUGUAUACGAGGUAGCGUGGAAUGUGUGCAGCUCAUGAUCGCAGGGGGAGCGCAGCUGGAAGUGUUCGACAUCUACUUUGGGACCCCCCUGCAUGCGGCGUGCAUGAAGCAGCACGUGGACUGCGCCCGGGCACUGCUCAGCGCAGGGGCCAACGUCAACGCGGCCAGGUUCCACGAGACGGCGCUGCACAUCGCAGCCAAAGAGAACAACGCGGAUCUGAUCGAGAUGCUGGUGGCGCUCGGAGCGCACGUGCACGCCAGGGACAACCUCGGCAGGAAGCCCAUCGACUACACCAGCCCUGGGUCUCCAGCGGCCCUGUGCCUGGAGUUUUAUGAAAGUACCCCGCUGAGUCUGCAGCAGCUGAGCAGGGUGGCAUUCAGGGGGGCCCUGGGUUCCAGAGCGGAGGAGAGGGUAUCCAAACUGAAUGUGUCCCCCCGCAUCAUUAGCUACCUCUCAUACCGCUGAAGAACUUCACUCCUGCCUCAUCUAACCGCACCUGAGGACCAAUAAGGAUGCAGAAUGUCCUCAUCGCUUAAAAAAAACAACACAGCCCAAAGUCCUGCUGGUGCAGGAUAAUCACUUCAUGAACUAUAAAAGCCAUGAACGUUAAAUACCGUAAGCAUGACACAGGAAUUGUAAUUUAUUUUUUGAGACUACAAAAAGAAAAAAACUUGGUCAGAACGGAGAAUUGGUCUCCUUUGAUGUUUCAUGUUGUGAUUAGAAUCGCCUUCAGUCGGCAAUCCUCUGUGCGGUAAUAUUAUCAGUUACCAAAAGAGGCAGCACAAGCAAAAUGAGAGCAAGGAAAUGGCCUGGGUGUUGCACAAUCAUGCAAAUCACAUGUGCCUUGGUAAGAGAGACCACGUGUUCCAUCACAUCAGCUAAAGGGCACUUAUUUUUGUUACCUUUUUGGAUACUGGGUACAGUCCUAAUACAGCCUAUAUGCAUGUUGUGACAGGCAUCACGUAUUUUAUUACACAUCGUUCGUUAAUAUUUCCCCUUUUAUACGGGCACCCAGCUCGGCAUCCCUUCAUUUUUAUUGCUACGAAGUGUGGUAAUUCCGGAUGAGUGAAUAACCAGGAAAAACUGCAACUCCCAGAAUUCUCUAUCAUUGGUGGAAUGUGUCAAAACAAGGGCAACCACGUGAUUUGGCAGUGGCGCAACCAUCCAUAAAUUCGUUUUAGCCCAAUAUGUACUGUACAUGAGGUAACUAUUUUGGUUACAGAAGGCACUAUUAUAAAUGAUACAUUAUGGAAACGGAUAUCGAGCCAGACAAGCCUUACUUCUUUGGCGAUAUAGGUGAGUGUUUUUAAAGAUGGAAAGCUAGCCGGCUAGCCCGCUAGCUCAUUUACUGUUUACAUCCGUAGACUGUAUAAAAAUAGUUUACAUCGUAGACUGAUCUAGCAAAUGCCGGAGAUUUGUCCUUGUUCAUGACACGGGUUCCUAAAAUAUUUUCCAAAUAAGGUUUCAAAUGUGUCCCUGACUAUUUGCUGACGUUUGCCCUUGUUCAGUACACGGGUUCCUAAAAUAAUGUAAACCAGGUUCUCUGCAUUUUCGAGAUUUGUGCGGUGUUAUACAUGCAGCUAUGCAGCUGUAGACAAACGAUUUCGUGAUUUUAAUUCUAUGAUGAAAAUUUAAUAAUGAGAAACGUUUGGAACUUAUGUAAAGCAGGAUUCAAUAAAAACGCAUGAAUUA